CUCAGAUAUGAAACAUUGUCACAACAUGAGAGAGCUUCUGCACUGAUGGACGCAAGAUAAGACAGGAAUAAGUAGAAGAGCCAAGAUGACAGAGAUGGACCUUCUCGACAUUCUGGACGAUUUAAGAGACAAUGAAUUUGAGAACUUCAAGUGGUCCCUGAAGUAUGAAAAGGUGGGUGAUAUCCCACCCAUUAAAGAGAGCCAGCUGUCGAAGGCAGAGAGGCGGGAUGCAGUGGAUCUGAUGGUGCAGAAAUAUGAAUUUGCUGGAGCUGUGAAAGUGAUCGAGAAUAUUUUAAAGAAGAUCAGCAGGAAUGAUCUGGUGGGGAAACUGCCAAACAUCGGCUCAGGAGCAGAAGCUGAUGGUGAUCUGCAGGAGGUUCUGGGUAUAUAUAAGUUCAGUCUGAGGAGGAGAUGUCAACGUGUGACUGAAGGAACUGAUGAAGCAGAAAGUAGAACCCUCCUCAAGAGGAUCUACACUGAGCUCUACAUCACAGAUGGAAAGAGUAAAGAGGUUAAUACCCAACAUGAAGUAAGGCAGCUUGAGACUGCUUCCAAGAUGAAGACCCUCCAUGACACUCCAAUCAAGUGCCACAACAUCUUUAAAGUCUCACCUGACCAACAAGAACACAUCAUCAAAGUCGUUCUGACGAAUGGUAUAGCUGGCAUUGGAAAAACCUUCUUAGUGCAGAAGUUCACUCUGGACUGGGCAGAGGGCUUGGAAAACCAAGAUGUCAGUCUGGUGAUUCUGCUUUCGUUUAGGGAGCUGAACUUGAUCAAAGAUGAGCAGUACAGUCUUCUGAUGCUGAUCCAUAAAUUCCAUCCAACUUUACAGAAGGUCACAGCAGAGAGGCUCACUGACUGUCAAGUUUUGUUCAUCUUUGACGGCCUGGAUGAAAGCAGACUUUCACUGGAUUUCAAGAACAGGAAGGUUGUAUCUGAUGUCACACAGAAGUCAUCAGUCAAUGUGCUGUUGACAAACCUCAUUGAGGGGAAUCUGCUUCCCUUGGCUCUCAUCUGGAUAACUUCCCGACCUGCAGCAGCCAAUCAGAUCCCUCAUCCAUGUGUUGACAGGGUAACAGAAGUACGAGGCUUCACUGAAACCCAGAAGGAGGAGUACUUCAGGAGGAAAUUCAGUGUUGAAGAGCUGUCCAGCAGAAUCAUCUCACACAUUAAGGCAUCUAGGAGCCUCCACAUCAUGUGUCACAUCCCACUCUUCUGCUGGAUCACUGCUACAGUUCUGGAGCACAUGUUGACUACAGACCAGAGUGUAGAGCUGCCCAAGACCCUGACUGACAUGUACUCACACUUCCUGCUGGUUCUUGCAAAGAGGAAAAAGCACAAGUAUGAUGAGGAACAUGAGACAAGUCCACAGGUUCAAACAAAGAGGAGGAAGUAUGAUUUGGAACAAGAGACAAGUCCACAAGAGCUGACGGAGGCUGACAGAGAAGUUCUUCUGAAGCUGGGGAGGCUGGCAUUUGAACAUCUGGAGAAAGGAGACAUCAUAUUCUACCAAAAAGACCUGGAGCGGUGUGGUCUUGAUGUCUCAGAGGCCUCUGUGUUAUCAGGAGUUUGUACAGAGAUCUUCAAAAGAGAGAGUGUGAUCUUCCAGAAAACAGUCUACUGCUUUGUUCAUCUGAGUGUUCAGGAGUUUCUGGCUGCAGUCUACAUGUACCACUGUUACACCAACAGCAACACAGAGGUACUGGAGGACUUCCUGAGAAAUGUGGAUGAUGAUGAUAAUGACAUUCAUGAUGAUCAUGUCUUCCUGAAGAAAGCCAUGGAGAAAUCUCUCAGAAGUGAAAAUGGCCACCUGGACCUGUUUGUUCGCUUCCUUCAUGGCCUCUCUCUGGAGUCCAACCAGAGUCUCUUAGGAGGCCUGCUGGGACAGACAGUGAAAAGUCCAAAAAUCAUCCAGAGAGCCAUCAACAAUCUGAAGGAGCAGAAGACCAAAGUCUCUCCUGACAGAAGCAUCAACAUCUUCCACUGUCUGAUGGAGAUGAACGACGACUCAGUACAUCAAGAGAUCCAAGAUUUCCUGACAUCUGAGGACAGAUCAGAGAAGGAAUUCUCUGGGAUCCACUGCUCAGCUCUGGCCUACAUGCUGCAAAUGUCAGAGGAGGUUCUGGAUGAAUUGGACCUGAACAUGUACAACACAUCACUGGAGGGACGCCAGAGACUGAUCCCAGCCGUGAGGAACUGCAGGAAAGCUGUGCUUAGGAGAUGUCAACUCUCAGACACUCACUGUGAUGUUGUGGCCUCAGCUUUGAAGUCCAACCCCUCCCAUCUUAGAGAGCUGGAUCUAAGCUACAACUACCUGCAGGAUUCAGGAGUAAAGCUGCUGUCUGCUGCACUGGAGAGUCCAAACUGUAUACUGGAGACUCUGAGAUUGAAGGAAUGCAGUUUGUCAGAGAUCAGCUGUGCAUCUCUGGCCUCAGCUCUGAAGUCCAACCCCUCCCAUCUGAGAGAGCUGGAUCUGAGUAACACUGAUGAUGAGGAGCAGCUGAGAUCAAAUGUCCUGAAGGAUUCGGGAGUGAAGCUGCUGUGUGAUUUUCUGGAGAGUCCACACUGUAGACUGGAGACUUUGAGAUUGAGGACAUGCAAGUUGUCAAAGAUCAGCGGUGAUUCUCUGGCCUCAGCCCUGAAGUCCAACCCCUCUUAUCUGAGAGAGCUGGAUCUGAGUGACAACAACCUGUUGGAUUCAGGAGUGAAGCUGCUGUCUGAUUUUCUGGAGAGUCCACACUGUAGACUGGAGAAUCUGGGAUUGGAGGACUGCUGUUUGUCGGAGAUCAGCUGUGCAUCUCUGGCCUCAGCUCUGAAGUCUAACCCCUACCAUCUGAGAGAGCUGUAUCUGACUUACAACAAACUGCAGGAUUCAGGACUUAAGCUGCUGUGUGAUUUUCUGGAGAGUCCACACUGUAGACUGAAGACUCUGAGAUUGAAGGAAUGCAGUUUGUCAGAGAUCAGCUGUGCAUCUCUGGCCUCAGCUCUGAAGUCCAACCCCUCCCAUCUGAGAGAGCUGGAUCUGAGCAAAAACAACCUGAAGGAUUCAGGAGUGAAGCUGCUGUGUGAUUUUUUGGAGCGUGCACAAUGUAGACUGGAAACUCUGAGACCUGUGCAGAAACAGACCCGAUCAGCUGAUGAGCAGGACAACAGGACUGCAACUCCACCGCCACUGCACUCGCACAACACAGUUCAGCAAAAGAGAGAUUAA